UCGAAAGGUCACACUUUCGGGCGAAAUGAACACGGCGGCCGUGCCUGCCGUCAGCAGCUGCUCGACGACGCUCCGUGAUUCGAUGGAUCGCAGGCGGACAGCCAUGUCUCGCCCGUCGUCUCCCAAACCUCACACCCUUGCUUCAGUGUCCUCACCCACACCCGCCACCACGGCCGUGGCCAACUCAACCGACCUUCUCGACGCGUACAAGCAAUUCCACAAAGAAAAGCGAAGCAGGUCGAAAGAGCACCAACGACAGACGAUUUUAGCUGCGAAACCACCCCCAAUCAUUGCGUCACUGCCUCCAUCCCAAGACCCGGGUCUCAGCACGGCGCGGCAUCGGCUAUCUCUGAAAUCGUUAUCCCCUUCCGUUUCCGAACGAAUCGCUGUGACCAAAGAGAGCCAGAACGUCAUGGACGAAUACAACUUUACAAAGGACGAAAUCCAAGCCAUCAUUAAGGUACAGAGCGCAAUCCGCCGACACUUGGCCAAAAAACGUGUUCUGGCCAUGGCCAAGCCCGCUGAAUACGUCCGGUUUGUGUGCGAACGAUUGUUUGACGAGUGCUGUCGGACGGAGCUGCUCCCAGACGGGAUGUCGACCCACGACGAUGGGUACCUUGUGCUCGGUGGUCCAAAUCUUCCCAGAAUUCUGCGCAUUCUGGAAGACCCGACCAAUAUCAACUUGGACUUGCUGCAAAAGCACACGAUCGACCGCAUUACGGUGGCCCACGCCGCGUGUCAGCGAGGGUACCUCGAGUUGCUGUCGUUGCUCGUAGCGUUCUGGACCACACAACCCCAAGCAAAUGACUUGGCCGACGAGUCGUCGCACACGACGUUGCUGUACAAGUUGCUUGAGCAAGUCAACCAAGCCAAACGGGAAGGAAAGUUGCUGCGCGAAUGCGGCUUUGAAGUGAUCGAAACCAUGAAAGCGCUCGGCCUCGCCCCCGACUAUGUCUUUAAUGCGAUCGACCAGUUUCAUUUCAAAGACGUGACCGUUCAAGAUAUGUUUAAAAUAUGUGGCCAUCCUAUCGUUCGAGCGCGCGACAUCCACGGAAACACGCCGCUGCACUACGCCGCCGAAGGGGGCUACGUCAACGUGUGUGAAUUCUUGCUCGAGCAUGGCGCGUACAUCAACGAACAAAACAUCCGUGGAGAAACCCCACUGCACUUUGCCAUUUCCAGCAUGCACGAACCUGUGUGCGUCCUGCUGGUCCGACGCAAGGCGGACGUGACGAUUGCUAGGUAUCGCGCGGUGGAGCUAGACACGGGCCAGCGGCUUCGAGGAGUGAUCGUCACUGCCCCCGGGGGCGAAGAGCAAUGUCAGAUGCUGGCCGAAGGCGCUGCAGCCAAGGCCAGAAAACCAAACACAGACGUCAAGCCGUCCACGCCAGCUACCAAACGCGUGACCCCCGCAGGCAAACUGGGCGCCCGCACCACUCGCUUUGUGCAGGCCACUGUCGGCGUGUGCAUGCGGCAGUUCGACCACGACGACUCCCGGGUGGGGGAAAUGGUGUUCUUUCGUCUGGCGCCGUCCAUGCAAGGCCUCCGGAGCCGGAAUUCGCCGCUCGUGAUUUUCUACAUUGGCACACACAUUUCCAUGCCACGGUAUAAGAUCGCCCUGGCGCGGCAGUCCCAGACCAAGAUUUUGCAUCUCUUGAUUGUAAAUAUGCCCAAAGUGGCGUACAUGGCAAUUGACCAUUUCCGUACGCCGUUGUUUCGAUGCCAAGUGAUUCCAGGCAUUCGAGCGGUGGGGCAGAGCUGGCACACGGAAGGAUGGCUAUCCAACGACGACAGGCGGAAAAAGCUCGUGCAUAAGAUGAAACAGCAAGGGCCGCCGGUUCGGAAAGCCCCCCGACGAAGGAAAUGGCUGUUCUACUUGCACCAGGCCAUUUUAAAAGGCUGGGCGUACUUGAAGGGCCACCGGCUGCGGCGACGCUACCGAAAGACCGAGAGCGUUAGGUUGGAUUCAGUAUUGAAAGCAGUCGGGAAAUCGACGGGCAUUGUGUAUGAAUAUCGCUACGAAAGCGAAACGUGCUCGGGAUCGAGUCCAACGUUUGAGCUCAUUAUCAAGUCCGAGUGCAAAGAGUUGAUGGCGCAUCCGUGGGUGCAGAAGCUUCGAGACCACAAGUGGAAUAUCUUUGGCCGAAAACAUUACAUUCGGCAACUCCGCGUGUACACGUAUUUCUUUUGCUCGUAUUUCUUGUCUAUCAUCUUACUUGUGGGCGACACAUCACUCGGGCUAAAAGAAGGCGGGUACCAAGCACCGUUAUUUGGCCCUAACGCCCACGGGUUGGACUAUUUGCGAGUCUUUGCGUCUGUCGUGUGUCUGAUUUUCACAGCGCAAUACACGUGGCGCCAUAUUCAAGAGAUUUACCGCGGCGGGUGGCUGCUGUUCUUCUCGUAUUGCACCAACAUCUGGAACAUAUUUGACAUUGUGCUGCUGAGCGGCAUUUGGUUUACGACGCUACUGGACUUUAUCGUGUACUUUCGCAUCACGCCCAUCUCGUGGGACCAGUGGCGGGCAUCCCGCAUGAUAUACGAAGAGCAUUUCCGGUUAAUCACAUACCAAGAGUCAACGUUCAACGUGGUCAUGUACCGCGAAUACGACUGGCACACGACUAUCAUGUGCAUCACCGCCCCUCAAAUAUUUAUCCGGUGGCUGCAGUUUUGUCGUGGCAACCAAACCCUAGGCCCGUUUGUCCGCAUGAUCUACCAAAUGAUGGGCGACAUUGCCGUGUUUCUGUUUGUGUUUGUCCUGUUUCUGUUUGGGUUUGCGUUUGCGUUUUACGUGCUCCAGCUGGAUGGGUUCCGUACGCUCGUGAGCUCUACCAACUCUGUCUACCAAAUGAGUUUGGGGCAAUGGGACUGGGGUUCAAUCGCCGCCGGCGGGCCGCUCGCUGUGAUGCUGUACAUCUUGUACACUUGCUUUGGCACGAUCAUGAUGCUCAACUUGCUGGUUGCGGUACGAAGUUACUGUAGUAUUGUGCUUUUAGCCAAAGUAUAUUGGAUAUUUGGGCUGAUGCACCAAAUUCAGUGGUCGAUUGUCUGUACUGAAUUUUGUAAGAAAAAUAUGUGAGGAAGCCCACACUAGUUGAAGUCACACACUCGUUCGAUGGUUUGCAGGAGUUUGAUUGGCCACUUGAGAGUGUUCUGCCUUUUGAUUGGUCGAUCCAUUUGUCUGUCGAUUUGGUUCAGCUGAUUCGAUUGAACAGCACCACCCCCCACUCGAAAUUCGAAUCACCUUGACAAUACAAUAUACACAAAAGGUUGCGAAGACUAGACCUAUGACGGCAUGUUAUUAGAUGCUGGGCCGAACGUACGAAGAUAUCUGGGACGACCGCUUGCUGUUCUUCCAUCUUGAACGGUCACAAACGAUAUUGACCGUGCAGCACCAAAUCGAGCCAGACAAGUAUCGACGAAAGUAUUGGUGCCAAACCCUAUAUGCACUGGAAGGCGAUGCCGCAAUCCAAGGCAUUCCAUACCAGAACUUUGACGAUUAAUCGCUUUCAACAACACGGCAUACUACUAAACUCACAGCAGGAAAUACUAGUUACUACCAAAUGUUUCAAACAAACACAAACCGUUAACAAAC